UACAUCGUCUCCCCUUUCACUGAGGUGCUUACGUGCUGUUAAACAAAUGAAUUACUACCAGCAUCAUUAACAAUUAUAUACUGAAAACACGAAACAUAGACGCUGUACACAACAGCUAUGCGAUACCUCCGUCGGUGUCGAAUUUAUUUAGUCUCGUCAAUUUAAUGUCUUUUCGUCCUGACGUAAGGGAACCCAACACCUGCCUGCGUGCUGACGCGCAGGCGUAAAAAAGUUCGGUGGCGCUAGCUCCGCCGCUAGUCACCUACAAGCACAGAGGGAAGUAACGUUGGGGGAUUUAAAGAAAAAAUCUGGACACAACGUCAAGGACUUGAAGUGGUACGCCGAAGGCUGCGGGGAACUGUAACUAUCCACUACGUUUGGAAGAAACUCAGCGUGCAGGGAAAAGAUCACGAGUGCGCGGAAGUUUACUGAUGUUUAGUUAACGUUAGCUAACUUAGCUGGUUGGCCCUGUUAGCUUAUUAGCGAGGAAGGUGCGCUCUGUUUGGACAGCUGGGCAUCAACAUUUACAACUAGUCCAACUGCACGGGCGAGUUAGUUAACUGACACGCUGCUAGUUAUAAUCUAGCGUUUAAAACAGAGUUUGGCGAGUGUUGCGGUUUGGCUAUCAAACUCUUGUAACGGUAGUGCGGGCCACGAGCUUUGAAUCUUGUGGGGUCGUCUCAAACACAAACAGCAGUUAACGUUACAUAUAAAGAGAGAAAACGAACAUUCAGCCACUAUCUCACAGAUCUAGAUCAGCUCAGCGCUACCAAACAUCCACAGCCCCCUGUGUGCCGCUACGGAUGACCUAUCAGGUCUGCCAGGCUCGCAACGUUGGACCUGCGACGCGUCCCAGCUCAUUGUCUUCGUCAGUGAUGCCCCCCCUGAUCAGCUAGUGAGACGCGUGGAAACAAUCCGCAGCCCUCUAACCAUGGGAGGAUGUGUGGGGAGAUACUGGGAAGGCUGGGAGGACACACAGAGCCGAGGCUCGUCCAGGAACGGUGGACGAGGAGGGCGUAAUGAGCCCCUGAAGAAAGAUCGGCCCAAGUGGAAGAGCGACUAUCCGAUGACAGAGGGCCAGCUGCGGAGCAAGCGGGAUGAGUUCUGGGACACGGCGCCGGCCUUCGAGGGCCGUAAGGAGAUCUGGGACGCCCUGAAAGCCGCGGCUGUGGCCCUGGAGUGCAAUGACCAUGAGCUGGCCCAAGCUAUAGUGGAUGGAGCCAGUAUCACACUGCCACAUGGUACUCUCGCAGAGUGUUACGACGAACUCGGGAACCGCUACCAGCUGCCCGUCUACUGCCUGGCUCCACCAGUCAACCUCAUCUCAGAGCGCAGCGACGAGGACCCCAGCGACAGCCCUGAGCCCACUGUAGCACCUAAGAAGGAAUUCCAGCUCAAGGUCCGGCUCUCCACAGGCAAGGACCUGCGCCUCAGUGCCAGCAUGGCCGACACCAUAGGGCAACUGAAGAAGCAGCUGCAGGCCCAGGAUGACAUUGACGCCGCCCACCAGCGCUGGUUCUUCUCUGGGAAGCUGCUCACGGACAAGACGCGGCUGCAAGACACUAAGAUCCAGAAGGACUUUGUCAUCCAGGUCAUCGUCAACCCGCAGGCCCUCCAAGCCCCCAAGCUGUCACCCACCACCAUUGCCUCUUUGCCUGCAUCUGAAUAACUAAGGACACAGAGGAUAGAUGGAGGGAUGGUGCGCUGGCUAGUGAGCUUGGUGGUGGACACUAAAGGACCAGAGGUGUCUCCUAUUGCUGGAUGACUGGUUAGCUUUUUGAGAACAGCUACUGUUGUUGAAAUAAAAUAAGAAAGGGGAGUUGCAAAACUAUUUUGGAGGAAAAAAAACAUGAGGGAGAAACUAAAAAGUGCUGCUUUCUUUCGUCUACAUGUGUCAUAAGUUUUUGGUCUGCUGGGUUGUUCAAGUAAAUCCAGCCUCCACACAAACUCUGGAGAUCCUUGUCUGGUCUCUCUUCUUGAAUAAAAACAAAACUCAUCCUGCUGUUGUGCAGCCUUUAAACCACAUACAAAAUGUGCACAUCAAGCUGCACAUGGAGACUCUGUAACUGCACUAAUGCUAACAAAGUGCCAAUGGAAGAAAUGCAGAGGUGUUUGUGUUGGUUCUAAAGCACAUUUCUACUAUGACGCCCAUGGACUCUGCACUGCAGUCCUUUUUUCCUCCACCGAAACAGGAGUGGAGGACAGAGAAUGAGAUACAGAACUAUAUUUUCUUUAUUCUUUCUUUUGAGGAAAUAAUGUAAACUGAGCUUUUUUUGCACAUUUGAAGAUUAUUACUAUACUUUUGUGGUAGUUUGUGUGCCUUCUACAAGACGAAACAAAAAAGGGUUAAUGUCCGGAAAAACACUAGUUUUACCGCUAGACUAAGACUUAUGUAUUUUUUUAGAUUCAAGAACUCUUAGAUCAAUCCAAACUAUAACUGCUGCCUUUAAAAAAAAUUAUUUCAUGAAUCUUACAGACAAAAGUUUAUGUGUGUGUGUGUGUGGGCAAAAACAAUAUGUAGUUGGCCCGUAUUAUACAUUUUAGUUUGACAUGGCUUCAGAGACGAGGCUGUUUCCCUGGUUAUUAGUCAUAGCUUUACAGUCAAUCAUAUCAUAUUGUCCAGUGAAAGCUAAAUUCCCAUACUAAGUGAAUGGUCUUAAAAGCUUCAUUAUUGACCACUUAAUUACCCCCAGACCACUAGGGGGCAGCCCUGAUCCUGAUAGUCCAGUUGCUUAGGGCUAGUUGUCCUUUUUCUUGCCAUCUGAUGAAUGUAAAUCCAGUAUUCACUCUCAUUUUGUUCUUUAUGGCGUCCACUAACUUUAAAGAAAAAUAUCUGUCACAUUUUAUUCUCUCAGUUUUCACUUUCUUCACCAGCAUACAGACGUCUGCCUACAGACGCAUUGAUUUAUAUGUGUGAUUGGUGAGCACAAUUAAGAGUUUAAAUGGAGCGGUGAACCUAAACAAUGAUUCAGGUGUUGAUUCUCAGUGGAACCAGCAAGACAACACAGCGACUCAUACAGGAAGUGAUUUGUUUUAGUGUUAAUGUCAAAUAUUGCUUUAAGGGGCAUUAGACGUGUAAAUCAGUUUGGUUAUCCCACUGAGCCUAUGAAAACCAUUAUGAUGUCAUGCUGAUGUCAUCAAGGUUAUCUCUGCUUGAGCUUGGAGAUGAAAACUUUAUAACAGAAAGCUUGAUUACAAACUGGAGGUGUGGAUUUUGAAAGAGGAGAGUGUGUGUGUGUGUGUGUGUGUGUGUGUGUGUGUGGGCAGGCAGUGAGGCGCCAACCUAAGGCGAUCCAGCUACAUUAUGGGUAAUGUAGGACCCAGUUUCUUGUUUAUCUGACUUCACACAACAGACUAAAAGUCAGGAUAUCUUGGCCUCUGCUGCUUCUAUUUUCACCAUUAUCUAUAGCAUAGUCCUCAUGUUUUUACUUCCUGACAAAACAAAGCAAAUAAAUGAUUUUAUUUAUGUUAUGACCUUUUUGAGUUGACAGCAUGCUGUGAGCACUCUCCCACUGCAUUAACAUUAGAAUUUACUUUUGUUUUGUCUGGAGGGCAACUCUCAGAGCAUGUUGUCCACCGUUUGCUUGCUCGUGCAGAAAUGUUAAAAUGAACAACCUUUUUAUUUUUAAGACUGUCAUGUGAAUUAUCCAGGUAGGAAAGUGGCUCAGCGGGACAUAUGGCAUUUCCUAAAUAAAAUAAAAAUGUAAGAUAAAGAUUAACACCCCCCCAAUGAACUUUUCAAUGUGAGGCAUUUAGUUUACAUUUGACUACGUGCCAGCUUUUCUGAGCAGUGUGUUAACAUGUAAGGCAACACCAAACAACUAAGGAAACAGAUUGCGGACAUAAUUGGAGAUCUCAGUUUAAUCCAUGUGUAUGGAAGCAAAGAAAGGCCAUGAUGAUUAGUUUUUCCAUUUAGUAAUUGAAUACCUUUUAUUGUGAAAUGUAACCACUGCUGGGUGCUUUUGUUAAAUACCACUGAAUUUAUAGCACUGGAAUAUUUUGCUCUGGUUUGAAUUCCCGUUUCAGAUUUCUAGCAAGUCAUUUUUAAGUUGUGAAAUUUCAAAGAUGACAAAAUUGACACAUCUAGAUGGAAAAUUCAAGUGGCCAGGUUUUCCAUUUGCUCAUCUGAACUUUUCCUUCUUGGAUAGCAUGACUCAUGUAACCUGACAGGAUAGAGGGUCGGUCGAUUCCAUUUAGGCUCGAUUGCUCGUCUUUGGUAGCCUGAAUGUUUCAGUUAACCUGAAUUUCACCAAUCCAACCUGGGCAGCUUUGCUUUUUUACUUGAACGUUUAGAUCUGCAAAAUGACUGAACAGUUUAACUUUUUUUAGCCACACUAGCAGCGUGGCUCUAGGGCUAUACAUUUUUGGGGUUUAGUCUCAACAACUGAUGGAUGGAUUGACAUGACAUUUGGUACAGAUGUUCAUGUACAGCUAAGGAUGAUUUGAUUAGCAAAUGUUAGCAUGCUAACAUGCUGAAAUAAGAUGAUGAACAUGGUAACAUUAUACCUGUAACACAUCAGUAUGUUAGCAUUGGCUUAAAUCUGCUGUGCCUAAGUACAGUUUCACAGAGCCGUUGGCAUGGCUGUAGACUUAUUCUUGUUAGAACUACAAAAUGAGGAAUAGAAUUUGAGCAACUUGUUGUUGUUUUUUUAGAGAUUGGACACUUGAACCCUUUAAAAACAGACAGAAUAAGUAUUGUUUGAAUCCCUAUCAGAUUUGGGUUACAUCCCAAAAUAGAUAUUUAGGCUAUUCCCGGUUGAGAAUCAAGACCUGCUUUGUGAAUGUAGCCUGUAUUGUGCUAGUCAUGGUAGACUUCUCAGAGUUUAGUAUUUUCCGUUUUCACCGACACGCUAGUCUAUAGCUCUAUGUUCAUUGUCUUCAGUCACUGCUCCUGUCACACAUUUCACAAGCAGUAUGAUGAUGGAGGGAAUAAAAGUGACCCAUCAGUGUGAAACCUAACUGAGCCACAGCUCACCACAUCAAGGAAAUGUUUAAUGUUUAAUUUUAAAUAAGAAUUGUAUUCUUUUGUCUCUUCUAUCCAGUUUCAGCUCAUCACAAUCACCCUUUUUGUUAUUUUGAAGCCAUUCUUGCUUUCCUUUUACCAAUUGUUCUUCUAUUUCUUAAUCGUUGUAUGCAAACUUGAAUAAGCAUUCUGUAUGUGCAAUACAAUUAGACAUAGACCUCAUAUCAUUUUUUGUUUUGUUCUUCUGACUCAGACACAGAUUUCAUACAGCACCAGCUAUGAGUAUUUUUAAAGAAAUGUCAAAGUAAAGGUACAAGGCUGCUAUAAUCUGAUGCCUGUGUCAGAUAAUAAGCUGCCUCUGUAAACUGUUACAAAUGUUUGUCACUUUGAAAUGUAUUCCAAGCUGUCGUCUUGACUGUUGAGACGCACUCUCACCUUUCACAGAGUAAAUAUCUAAACAUUAAAAAUGACUACAAAACUUUUCUCUCCCGGUGUCCCUUUAGCACUCUGCCCUGCACGUCUCAGUGAUGAAGGUCACGGUGUUCUCAAGCCUCAGGUUGGGGAGAAGCGCUGUUGACAACUUUACAGCUAGCGUCUCCUGUUACAGUGUCUUUGCAGAGCCAUUGGUGGGUGUUAGUCCUCAUGUGCCUGUGUUUUAACUCAUGUUAGGAACAAGCACUGACCAUGGUUUUAUGUCGAACUAUAGGGUACAACGUAUUACUACAAUGUAAAAGGGCUGAAGGAACUUUAGGCUGUCCCUUAGUUUGCAACCUUCAGACCUUUAUAUGAAGUCACACUCAUAUCGAAGAUGAGUUCUCUGUUUUAAGGGAAGGUCAUAGAAAUGCAAAAUAAUGUGCUGCUCCUCUUUAAUGUGCUGUGAAAUACAUGAGAUGUUCUGUUUUCUAAUUGGUGCAUGCAUAUUUGGAAGAUAAUUAUUUUUUGUUCUUUUUUUUGUUGUCAAAACCCACCAUGACCCCGUCAUAGUUGUAGCAACCGUUUAUCUCCAAAAGUACCCAGAUAGAACUUUAAAAUAAAUGUUUCCUUUAUUUCUGUUUA